AUGGCUCACAGUUCUAGCCAGUUUCCGUCACCGCGGUUGUUGCAUAGGGCAGCAAUCCGCGCUCAAGUUGAUAGUUCCAAGACCGAGUCAUCGACAGUUAAUAUUCCUGACAAACAGAACUGCGGCCCUUGGGCCCCUGCGGAUGGUGGAGUUCGAGCCUGGCUGGUUGUCGUGUCCAGCGCCCUGGUCAAUGGUCUUAUUUUCGGCAUCAUCAACUCGUAUAGCGUCAUCUAUUUUGACCUGCAAAAAUUGGAGGCAGAUGGAAUUCCCGACUCUUCUUACAAAGCUUCCCUUGUGGGAUCGCUGACUAUCGGCGCAACUUUUGCGUUUUCCCCGGUGGCUGGCAUCUUGACGGACCGAUUUGGCCACCGACGAACCACCAUGAUCGGCGGAGCCUUGGCCGUCAUGGGUAUACUGGCCUCCUCCUUUGUCAUCAAAUAUGUCGAGGCGCUGUACUUAACAUAUGGGAUUAACUGGGUUCCAACAGGUGCAAUGAUAAUGGAGGCUAAGAAAAAGGAUUCUAAAUGCUUCAACUUUGAAAUAUGGAAAAAUAAGAGAUAUGUGAUUUGGGCGAUCGCCAUCCCCGCUUCUCUUUUUGGUUAUUUUGUUCCGUAUGUGCACAUGGUAAAAUUUGUGGCGACAAACUUCCCAAGUUCAGACGGAAAAUUUCUCGUCAUGUGCAUAGGGUUGACGUCUGGCAUAGGACGUAUCGUCUUUGGAAAGAUUGCAGACAUGAAACGCGUGGACCGCAUCCUUUUGCAGCAGAUCUCAUUCGUGUCAAUUGGUACGCUAACAAUGUUACUGGUUGUCGCCCCUUCCUGGACGAUCAUGAUUCUAAUUGCAUUGGGCAUGGGCCUGUUCGACGGCUGCUUCAUCAGUCUGCUUGGUCCGAUUGCCUUUGAUUUGUGCGGUCCCGAGGGUGCGUCUCAAGCGAUCGGAUUUCUGCUUGGACUGUGCUCCAUCCCGCUCACCAUCGGACCUCCCGUCGCAGGCAAACUAUUCGACCACUUCCAUUCAUACACGGUGCCCUUCUUGCUGGCUGGAGGACCGCCAAUAAUCGGCGCUCUCGCACUCUUCGCUGUUAAGUGUGUCAAGAAAGGCUAAUGAGAAGAAUGCGCUAGAUAUUUCCCGGACGAAAUGUUAUAAUUUAUGAAAUUAGGUUAAAUAUUUACAGGAAUCUCGCUCAGGAAAAAAUCGGUGCGAGUAAUAUUUUUAGACUUUUUUUCUCAAAAAGCGUGCUGUUUGAUCUCUGAAAAUGAAUUCCUAGUUCACAACACUUGCUGUGAUUUUUUUGGCGCACUUCGCAAGACUGCGUGGUGACUGGUACC